GAGACAGACGUGUUUUUAAUUUUUUUCCUGUGCUCUGUCCAAAAAAAAGUAUUUGAAAAAAAAGAGAAGAAAAAAACAAGAACAAGAAUUUAAAAUUUUAGAAUGAACUGAGAAUCAGUAAAGUCAAGUGCAUCGAGGAAGCAAGAGACAUUUUUUGUUGGACAUAAAUAAAUAAGACAAAAAAAAGUUCAAAAUAAAAAGAAAAAAAUUUUGUGGAUUUUUGUGAACUUUUUUUGAAAAAUAAAAUAACUUGUGAAAAAAAUUAAAAAUAUAAAAUUAGUGAAGACAUAUCAAGUGAAUAAUUUCCAAAGAUUUCACAUAGACACAGUACAAUAAACUGUACGUAAUUAAACGGGAAAUAAUCAUAGACAAAAACCACGAUGUCAUCACAACCCCCAAAUUUCCUACCAUCUGACAUGGAGAAGGCAGCAAUGCAACAUCGCCUUAACAUGCAAUUAAAUUUACUCCAACACUUACAAAUGCAAUUAAUGGCCGGUCUGGCACCUCCACCACCUUCAUCUCCUCCAUUAAAUCAACCGCAAAAUUUAUUAGCGGCAGCUGCAGCUAGCAAUAAUUUGCAAUCAAUUAUGCACCCAUUUUAUUCGCGUUUAAAUCAGCAGUUAUCACCACCGCCACAUCCACAUCACAUACAUCAUCCGGCUUUUGACAUGAAUAAUUUAAAUAGUGAAUUGAUGAGAAUGAAAAAAUUGAAAACGAUGGAAUAUGAGGCAGCUAUGGUGCAACAACAGCAGACACAGAAGAAAAUUGAAAAUUCGAAAAUUUCACACAAUAAUAGCAGCAAUAACAAUAACAACAAUAAUAAUAGCAGCAACAACAACAAUUACCCAAAAAUUCAUCAUGACGUAACUCCUGAAAAAUCGUCAGCACCGAUUUUAACACCACAUCACCAGCAAUCACCACAACAACAGCAUCAACAACAACAACAACAACCAUCAGCUGAUAAAGUUCGUAAGCAGCGUCAAAUGAAUGCAUUUCCAUCAAACUUGGGAACAGCAUUUGUUAAUCCAGCUACAGGAAAGAAGCGUAUUCGAUGCAAUGUCUGUUUCAAGACAUUCUGCGAUAAGGGUGCAUUAAAAAUUCACUUCUCAGCCGUUCACCUUCGAGAAAUGCACAAGUGCUCAGUUGAAGGUUGCACUAUGAUGUUCAGUUCUCGUCGUUCACGUAAUCGACACAGCGCAAAUCCAAAUCCAAAACUCCACUCAUCGAAUUUACGUCGCAAAAUUUCACCACACGAUGGAAGAAGUUUCCAAGCUCGUACAAUGUUCUUCCCACCGUCCUCUACAGUCCCAUCAAUGAGUUAUGGCGCCGUACCACAAAUGCAACAUCCAUCAUCAUCUCAAUACGUCAAUCAACCAUCAGCAUCGCCGUCAAUCGAUUCGAUUAAAUCGAGUGAAUUUAAUGAUACGAAAAGUGUCAGUGAUUUCGAGGAUGAUGGUGACAUUUCGGUUAAUGACUCAGAGAUUUCAUUUGCGCAACAUCAUAGCGGCAUUAACAACAAUAUUAAUGCAAAUAGCAGUGACAUCGAAUCACAAACAGAACCGCAUGAUUAUAGCGUAAAGAAGAGUUCAUCGCCGUUGAUUCGCGUCAAAAGUGACGAGUAUUUGACGGGUAGCAAGAUGGUUUUAUCAUUGCAACAGCAACAACAAAUGCAAAAUGAUGACCUUUUAAAUACGAGUAAUAAUAGCAAUAAUAGCAGCAACAAUAGUUCAAAACGUAAAAGAAAAAGUCAAAAUCCAAUUAAAUGCACAAAUAAUGCAAUUGAUAUGCUUAUGGAGUCAAAAAUGAUGCGCUAUAAUGAUCCACACGAGACAAUUGAGAAGUCAAUAGGUGAUAGUUGUAAUAAUGACAUGGAUAUUGAUGCUGCUCAUAACGAGACGGGUGAGGCUGAAAACAUGACACUUGACUUAUCAUCAAAGUCAAAAAACUCGAAGGCAUCAACUGACGAUGAUGAUGAUAUUAAUAAUGAGGAAGCGGCAAUUGACUUACGAUCUAAAUCACCAAAAAACUCACAAUCGAAAGAUGAUGAAGAAAUCAAUAAUAAUUUAUUAGCUAAUAAGAAAAUGUUUGGACCAAAAUAUCCACCAUUUAAUUUUUUAAUUAAUUCCAUUCUCUCGAAACCGUCAGCGACGUCAGAUGGCGAAAGUGAGAGCGACGAUGUCAGCUCAACAAAUGAAAACGAGGAUAAUCGCUACUUUCAAGAGAAUGGAUCAUUUAUUAGUGUUUUUUAAGUGAAUCAAAGACUUGUGUUUAUUUGUGGAAUAUCCUCGCUUCCAUUGCAAGAAUUAUGUCUGAAAUAUUCAGUUUAAUGAUCUUCGCAUUGGAUAUAAUUGCAAUAAAAAGAAAUCUCAUUAUCAAUGAUGAUCGUCCAGGAAAAAAAUCAUCGAAAAAAAAUUUCAAAUUUAGGAUCAAAAAAAUAUUUAAAUUUUCUUUCGUAGUUUUAAUUAUAUUUUAUUAGAAAUGAAAAAAGAAUUUUCGGGAAUCUCAGUUAAGUUUAAAAAAAUUGAAAAUAAAAAAUUAAUGGUAAGAGAUAUGUGGUAAACUUGUAAUUAUAAGUAAAAUCAUCAGACAUCACAGCUCAGUUUUAUUAAAUUAAAUUGUACAUUCGUAUUCGAUUGCAAUAUUUAAAUGUCUUCGAUAUUAAUAAAAUGUUUAUUGAGGAAGAAAAAUAAAAUUACGUAAAUGAAAAGAAAAUUAGAAUAUCAUAAAAUAUCCUAUAAAUAUUACUAUAUAAAUAAAAUAAUUAUGAAUUAUUAAGUAUAAUAAUUAUACACACACACACACACCCUAGC